ACUAUUUCUGAAAAUCUAACUGAGUUACUUUCGUUUUUAAUGCUUGGAAAGUGCAGGAACUCAUGAAUUCCAUGAAAUCCUGUGUAGCAUUGACCAUUCACAGGCACAGUUUAUACUGUGAAAUAAAGAGGAAGGAAGAAAACAUCCCUGUUUGAUUGAUAACGUUAAGUUUUACAUUAUGGGAAAGGGAGGAAAAAACAGGAAGAAAGGUAGAGGGCAACAAAACAAUGAAGAAAAACCAACAACAGACGAUAAGGGAACUCCACCUUUGCAGGGAGACCCCAAACAUGUAAUGAAUUCAACUGAUUCUGAGGGCGAUAGUCAUAACAGUCGUUCAGCCAAAAAUGACACAAAAGAGUCUGAAGUAGACGGACUGGGGGGAGAAAAGCACUGUGGGAACCAGAGUCCGACAGAAGCACACAGAAGUAUGAAAAUGAAUAAAACUGGUACAAUUAGUGAUAGUAUCGAGGUGAUCAAAGUCACGGAUCGUGAGGAUAUGAAGAGGGUGAAUGACAAUGAUAGCACCAGUCAACAAAACACUGUGGAAGGAACGCUGCACUCGGGGGAUCAAACUCCCAUGGACGAAAACCAGCCGGACGACGUCGAAUUCUAUCAUACAUAUCCAUAUCUGUUUUGGACAUAUGUCAUGUAUAUAUACAAAAGCGUUUUAAACUAUUUUUUAGAAAUUGCGGGAAAAAUGAGAAACUCGCGUCGACAACUUGAACCUAGCCUGACAGAAUAUAGAGAAAAAGUGUCUGAAUGCGAGAGAGAAAUCGCGGAACUGAAAGAAGAACUUGAAGGAAUUCAGACGAAUUAUAAUGAAAACCAGAAGCUGACAGAAGAAGUACAGUGUUUGAAAGAGACGUAUCAUGGCGAAAACCAGAAGCUGACAGAAGAAGUACAGUGUUUGAAAGAAUCCCGUGACCAGGAAAUGAAUGCUGGGAAGGAAAAGGAGAUGAAGAUCCAGCACCUGAGCGAGGAAUUAAAUGGGCAUGAAAUCUCAAUUGCAGAAAUCCGUAAGCAAUUAGCCGAUGGAAAUGAAGAGAAUCAAAAGUUGGAAAGAGAAAUCAAGAUACGAAAUGAAAACAUAUCAUCAUUUAAAGAAGAAAUUGAACGUCUGCAAAGUGAAAUUCAAAGCAAAACAGAGACCUAUCAUGAUGAAAGCCAGAAGCUGACAGAAGAAGUACAGUGUUUGAAAAAAUCCCGUGACCAGGAAAUGAAUGCUGGGAAGGAAAAGGAGAUGAAGAUCCAGCACCUGAGCGAGGAAUUAAAUGGGCAUGAAAUCUUAAUUGCCGAAAUCCGUAAGGAAUUAGCCGAUGGAAAUGAAGAGAAUCAAAAGUUGGAAAGAGAAAUCAAGAUACGAAAUGAAAACAUAUCAUCAUUUAAAGAAGAAAUUGAACGUCUGCUAAGUGAAAUUCAAAGCAAAACAGAGACCUAUCAUGAUGAAAGCCAGAAGCUGACAGAAGAAGUACAGUGUUUGAAAAAAUCCCGUGACCAGGAAAUGAAUGCUGGGAAGGAAAAGGAGAUGAAGAUCCAGCACCUGAGCGAGGAAUUAAAUGGGCAUGAAAUCUUAAUUGCCGAAAUCCGUAAGGAAUUAGCCGAUGGAAAUGAAGAGAAUCAAAAGUUGGAAAGAGAAAUCAAGAUACGAAAUGAAAACAUAUCAUCAUUUAAAGAAGAAAUUGAACGUCUGCUAAGUGAAAUUCAAAGCAAAACAGAGACCUAUCAUGAUGAAAGCCAGAAGCUGACAGAAGAAGUACAGUGUUUGAAAAAAUCCCGUGACCAGGAAAUGAAUGCUGGGAAGGAAAAGGAGAUGAAGAUCCAGCACCUGAGCGAGGAAUUAAAUGGGCAUGAAAUCUUAAUUGCCGAAAUCCGUAAGGAAUUAGCCGAUGGAAAUGAAGAGAAUCAAAAGUUGGAAAGAGAAAUCAAGAUACGAAAUGAAAACAUAUCAUCAUUUAAAGAAGAAAUUGAACGUCUGCAAAGUGAAAUUCAAAGCAAAACAGAGACCUAUCAUGAUGAAAGCCAGAAGCUGACAGAAGAAGUACAGUGUUUGAAAAAACAAUUAGCCGAUGGAAAUGAAGAGAAUCAAAACUUGGAAAGAGAAAUCAAGAGACGAAAUGAAAACAUAUCAUCAUUUAAAAAGGAUAUUGAGCGUCUCCAAAAUGAUAUUGAAAGUAAAACAGAAAACAUAUCAGCAUUUAAAGAGGAAAUUGAACGUCUGCAAAGUGAAAUUCAAAGCAAAACAGAGACGUAUUAUGGCGAAAACCAGAAGCUGACAGAAGAAGUACAGUGUUUGAAAGAGCAAUUAGCCGAUGGAAAUGAACAGAAUCAAAAGUUGGAAAGAGAAAUCAAGAGACGAAAUGAAAACAUAUCAUCCUUAAAAAAGGAAAUUGAACGCCUCCAAAAUGAUAUUGAAAGUAAAACAGAAAACAUAUCAUCAUUUAAAGAGGAAAUUGAACGUCUGCUAAGUGAAAAUCAAAGCAAAACAGAGAGAUAUCAUGAUGAAAACCAGAAGCUGACAGAAGAAGUACAGUGUUUGAAAGAGCAAUUAGCCGAUGGAAAUGAACAGAAUCAAAAGUUGGAAAGAGAAAUCAAGAGACGAAAUGAAAACAUAUCAUCCUUAAAAAAGGAAAUUGAACGCCUCCAAAAUGAUAUUGAAAGUAAAACAGAAAACAUAUCAUCAUUUAAAGAGGAAAUUGAACGUCUGCUAAGUGAAAAUCAAAGCAAAACAGAGAGAUAUCAUGAUGAAAACCAGAAGCUGACAGAAGAAGUACAGUGUUUGAAAGAGCAAUUAGCCGAUGGAAAUGAACAGAAUCAAAAGUUGGAAAGAGAAAUCAAGAGACGAAAUGAAAACAUAUCAUCCUUAAAAAAGGAAAUUGAACGCCUCCAAAAUGAUAUUGAAAGUAAAACAGAAAACAUAUCAUCAUUUAAAGAGGAAAUUGAACGUCUGCUAAGUGAAAAUCAAAGCAAAACAGAGAGAUAUCAUGAUGAAAACCAGAAGCUGACAGAAGAAGUACAGUGUUUGAAAGAGCAAUUAGCCGAUGAAAAUGAACAGAAUCAAAAGUUGGAAAGAGAAAUCAAGAGACGAAAUGAGCAAUUAGCCGAUGGAAAGGAAGAUAAUCAAAAGUUGGAAAGAGAAAUCAAGAGACGAAAUGAAAACAUAUCAUCAUUUAAAAAGGAAAUUGAACGUCUCGAAAAUGAUAUUAAAAGUAAAACAGAAAACAUAUCAUCAUUUAAAGAGGAAAUUGAACGUCUGCAAAGUGAAAUUCAAAGCAAAACAGAGACCUAUCAUGAUGAAAACCAGAAGCUGACAGAAGAAGUACAGUGUUUGAAAGAAUCCCGUUACCAGGAAAUGAAUGCUGGGAAGGAAAAAGACAUGACAAUCCAGCAGCUGAACGAGGAACUAAAUGAACAUGAAAUCUCAAUUGCAGAAAUCCGUAAGCAAUUAGCCGAUAGAAAUGGAGAGAAUCAAACGUUGGAAAAAGAAAUCAAGAUAAGAAAUGUACAAAUGGCACAGAAAGAGAAGGAAGCUGAAGCUAGAACAGAGCAAUUUCAGUCCCAGGUGUCAAAUUUAGCCGACAAACUUAAAAGCCUCGAAGCUCAGUCGAAACAGGAAACAGGAACACUUCAAACGGAAAUCAACAGAUUGACGAGGGAAGCUGAACGUUUACGGGACCAACAGCAACAAACACGUAGAGAAUUGGAGAAAACACAGAUAGAAAAAACUGAGAUGGAUGCGCGCAUUAGCCAGUUAAAGGAUCAAUUGCAAAGUUCCCAGGCAAAGAUAUUGGAAUCUGAGGCUGCAAUAACUCUAAAAGAGGCAGAGAAGAACUGUGCUAAUGAGUGUCUGCAAAAGGCAGUUCUGGAACACCAGGCUAUGAUGCACAAGGUGACACAUCUGCAGAGAAUGGAGCUGGAGAAGAGGGGAUUAGAGGCAGAAAAACAACUGAAUCUCGAUGAAAUCACCAGACUGCGGUCGUCCCUGCAAGAGUCGCACCAUUUGCGUGAUUAUUUACAGCAAUAUUACAAAUUAUUGCAAGAUUCUCAAAUGGAAUUAUUCCGAGAAAAGGCAAAAAAUAGACAUUUCAACGAACUCUUGUCAACCACUGGUCACCGUUUAGACAAUAUGGCUGGGGAUUUACAAACUUGCCGUUCUGCAUCUGAAAACUAUCGGCAAUUACUGGAACACGAAAAAGAAAAUGUGCAUGGACUUCAACGACAGAUCGAUCAUCUCACAUUCAUGAAUGAGAAAUUACAAGAAGGACUUGACAAAUACUACAACCACAGUGUUGACUUAGAAGAUCAAUACCAGUCAUUGAACAAAGAGAUGGGGAGACCAGGGACUGGAAAUAAAACACUUCACCAACAAAUGGCUGAAGACGCAACUGAUGGAAGAAUCCAAAAUAGAACAUCUCCGCAACAAGGAAUGGAUCCUCGGCGUCAUCAAAGCUAAAUCCAAACAACGAUUGAAGCAGAAGUCGCAUUGUAAUUUGAUUGUAUUAGUGUUUUGGUAUGGUAGUGGACACACUUUUUAACAUUGCUGUCAGGCAGUGGAUAACGUGUACUUUAUAUCAUGUACUACAUUUUAUGCAUUUUCUUCCACAUUUUAAUUGCAUUUUAGAAAUAUAGUUUUGCAGGGAAUGUAUUGAUAUUUUUUCAACCUUUACAUUUUGAAACAUUUCUGAAUAUUUUGAGAGACAUUAGGGUGCGUGUGUGUGUGGUGGGGGGGGGGGGGCUAACAAGAGGAAGAUAGGAACUCGCUAACGCAUAAAAGUGAUUUGGUAUUAUUUUGUGGAGUAAUAUCAUUUCAUAUCAAAUACAUUCCAAUCGUGAGUAAAAUGUUUAGAAAUUAAUUUCUGUCUAUAAUAAUUCACAAUGAAUAUGAAAUAUAAAAUAACUUUUGAAUUGAACUCAAAAUAUGAUUCUACCUUACAAGAAUAUUCAAUAUAAGUUUUGAAAUCGACAUUAAAGCUCAUAUACACAAUCUUUUUGAUAUAAAUUAAUGUUGAUCAAAGGAAAUAGGUGGAAUGGUAAAUUUUAAUCUUUUUAAAACAUUUUAAUUUUUCAUUCUUUACUUACUGUAACCACAUUGUUUUUAGAGAGAGAAAAGUCACUGUAUGAGGCGAUGUGACUUUCAAAAUGUUACGCUGUGGAAUGUGCAGUGAAUUUCAAACUACUUGAAACUGUAAGCUCGGCCUAUAGAAAGUUUGUCAAUAAAUAGAGUGUUAGCUGUGAAUUUGAGUCUUGGUGAAGUUAGAUCUGAGAUAUUUGAUUUGUAAGAUCACUGUAACUUCAUCAACAUUUUGGGAAAAAGUUUCAUUGAAGAGGUAUACAUUGCAUUCCGUGUUUGCAUGAUAUAUCUGCGCUUACUUUUCUACAUGUUUUUUGUUUUUUUUUUGUUUUUGUUUUUGUAUUUGUAUUUCAAUUCUGGGUCAUUUGCAUUUUAAGGUCUUUCUUUUUACUUAUUCAUAAUCAUAUUCAUAUUCAUAUUCAUAUUAUGUAGACAUUUUUUAAUUUAGUUUAUAGCACUUUUAUAAGACAUAUACGUCAAACGUUGAUAGGUAUUAUAGGUUAAAAAAAAACAAAUUAUGAUUAAAUAAUCGAACUUUAUAUUUUUCACUGACGAAACAAGGACUUUUGAUGAGACAUGUAAUCUGUGGUAGAUAUUUCUCAGUCUCAUCUUUUAAUGGGAUGUGGACACGGUUUCUAAUUGUUUGAAAUUAGCAUUUUGUUUUUGUUACAGAAAUAAAGAUCAUAAACAAGUGAAUUAAACAAUAUAGGAUACAUUUCGUGUUUUACAUAGAGCAGGCUACCAAACUGAUUGUUUAUAAAAAGCGAGCAAUUUGUAGGAUUAUUAACAAACUAUGUCAUUAGCCAAGUUACCGCACCCAGAGGUAAAAACACCAAUUAUUUCUAAAACUCAUGUCCAUUACACUCAACAAAUUGACUAGGUUAAUUAGAAAUCAAUCUACAGUACUUUCAGAAAAAACAAAAACUGGAAAUGUUUGUUAUAAAACCUUUUUUUCACUGACGCCGUCAACAUUGGUGCGAUGCUGGGUCACGUAAAAUGUAAACAUAAACGUGACUCGUGCGUUGUUUUGAAUACAAAAAGCUUAGAUUUUGCAUCAGAUUUUCUUUUUAAAUUUGGGUUUGUUGCUAUGUUUUGAUCGAAUUAAAUUCUUUUAUAAUAUUCAUCUAAUUAUUCAAGUAUUUUCAACACAACCGUGUCCAUACCUUUUAAACAUAUACAUAUGUCUCAGGAUUGUAUUUUAUAUAUGCAUUUUUGUACUGUAUUACAUUAGUAUUUUUUCUAUAGAAUAAAUUUAUAUGAAACUAAAA